CGGCGGAGGGGCGGAGAGGAGCUGGGGAACGGGAAGGGGAAGGGGGGGGAAGGACAGGGGCGGGGAGGGGACGAGCAGCAGCCGCCCCUCGCCUUCCCCCCGUCCCCCGCCCCGGCACAAGCCGCCGGGAGCCCGCGGAGCGCGGAGCGGAGCCCUGCGGGGAUGCGGGCAGCGGGGAUGCGGGCGGCGGGGAUGCGGGCGACGGGGAGCCGCGGUACCCGGCUCCGCGGCUGAGGAUCGGCUCCGCGCCGGGCGGAGCGCACCCCCCUUCUCUUUUCCAGCCCACCCUCCUCCGGAUCUGGGAUCUACCUGGGCUCCUUGGGAAUUAUUCUCUUUUUUUUUUUUUCCCGUUCCCUUCCUUUUUUCUUUUUUUUUUCUUUUUUUAUUCCCCUUUUUUGGCGCACGUGCAGAAACGCGGGGAUUUACUAACAUGAUCUUGGCAAACGCCGUUUGCAUCGUCCUCUUCAUAGAUGAGCUCCUCCAGUCACUGGCGGCUCCCCCGUCCCCGCCGGGGCAGGACCCCCAUGGCUGGCGGGUGCCCGUGGACUGUGUCCGGGCCAACGAGCUGUGUGCGGCAGAGCCGAGCUGCAGCUCCCGGUACCGCACGCUGCGGCAGUGCCUGGCCGGCCGCGACAGGAACACCAUGCUGGCCAACAAGGAAUGCCAGGCAGCCCUGGAGGUGCUGCAGGAGAGCCCCCUCUACGACUGCCGCUGCAAGAGAGGCAUGAAGAAGGAGCUUCAGUGCCUUCAGAUCUACUGGAGUAUACACCUCGGGCUGACUGAAGGAGAAGAGUUCUAUGAAGCUUCCCCCUACGAGCCGGUCACCUCUCGUCUCUCUGAUAUAUUCAGACUUGCUUCAAUUUUCUCAGGAAUGGACCCUGCCGCCAACUCCAAAAGCAACCACUGCCUUGAUGCGGCCAAAGCCUGCAACCUGAACGACAACUGCAAGCGCCUGCGCUCAGGCUACAUCUCCACGUGCAGCAGGGAGAUCUCGGCCAGUGAGCACUGCAGCCGCAGGAAGUGCCACAAGGCGCUGCGGCAGUUCUUCGAUCGCGUGCCCAGCGAGUACACCUAUCGCCUGCUCUUCUGCUCCUGCAAGGACCAGGCGUGUGCUGAGCGCCGGCGCCAAACCAUCGUCCCCUCCUGCUCCUACGAGGACAAGGAGAAGCCCAACUGCCUGGAUCUGCGCAGCACGUGCCGCACGGAUCACCUCUGCCGGUCCCGUUUGGCUGAUUUCCACACCAACUGCCAAGCCUCCUUCCAGACCCUCACGAGCUGCCCUGGGGACAACUACCAGGCUUGCCUGGGCUCCUAUGCAGGGCUCAUCGGCUUUGACAUGACGCCCAACUACGUUGAUGCCAGCACCACCAGCAUCACCAUCUCACCCUGGUGCUCCUGCAAAGGCAGCGGCAACAUGGAGGAAGAGUGUGAGAAGUUCCUGCGAGACUUCACGGAAAACCCAUGUCUCCGAAAUGCCAUUCAAGCCUUUGGCAACGGCACUGAUGUGAACCUCUCCCCCAAGAAUCCCUUGCCCCCCAUCACCCUGCCACCGAAGACGGAGAAGAGCCCUGCGUUGCCAGAUGACAUCAAUGACAGCAACACUAUGUAUGACACAAGCAUCAUCACCACCUGCACCUCUGUCCAGGAGCACGGACUGAAGCUAAAUAAGUCCAAAGAGCAGAGCCUGUGCUACUCAGAGACCCAGCUCACCACGGAUAUCAUGCCAGACCAGAAGACCUUUGUGGACCAGAAGGCAGGCGGCAGCCGACACCGGGCAGGCCGGAUCCUGCCCAUCGUGCCCAUCCUUCUGCUGCUGCUGGUGUUAUAGAGGGCGAGGAUGGCAGCGGCCGGCGGGAUGGGGACGCUCGCACCAGCGCGCUCAAGCGUGCCCCGGCACGCUGGCCCUCACCUUGGUUCCUGCUGCGGCGAUGGGAAGGGGAGGAUUUGCCUCAUGUGGAGACGGGAACGCUCCCAAGCGCCGGUGAUGCUGACCCCGGGUGCCAGGAGGAUCCUCACCGUGUUGGGGAACUUUGGUGGUUUUCUUCCUAUUUUCAUUUUUCCCUUUUUUGGGGGGGUCUUUUAUGGUGCGUUGGGUUUCUUUUCUACAGCAGCUCAUGGUGAAACCCCUCUAUGUGCCCUGCCACAGGGGAUCCAGGGCUAUGAGCAGCACUGGGGAGGGAAAAUAAGUGUCGAGCAGAGCACUGGCAAAGGUUAUUUACAGCACCCAUCAGCCUGGGUACACAAGGGUGGCUGCAGGGAUGGUGAAGUUCCCACAUCAGAGCAUCCUACAGGAUGGAUGUGCCAUUGGGAGACUUUUCCACAUCUUCCAAGGGGACUUGCUCAAGCUCUUGACAUUGUUAUUGGGAUUUUGCUGUUUUUUUUCCCUUUCCUGUGGUCAAUAAGGGUUUUCAAGUGGAAGAGAAAAGAAACUACUGUUCAAACGGUGUGAGCUUGUCCUGACGUUUCAAUCUGUCACUUCGAGGGGGAGACUGUCCUUUAUUACUUUUCCCUUUUUUAUUAAUCUCCAUCUGGUCAAAUCUAGUUUGGGAUGGGACCCAACCCAUCCGUGGCUGGAAACCUCUAGAUGUUCCUCUCCCUUUUCUUUCUUUUCUAUAUACAUAUAUAGUGUAUGUAUAUACCCUUCACCUAUACCUACAUAUAUGUAUGUAUAUACAUAACCAUAUUCAUCUACAGUGUGGCUUUUUACAUUUCCUUUUCUCCUUUCUUUUUAAAAGAAAAUUGCUCAAAUGACAGCAACAACUUUAAAAAAUGUAUUAUUGUAAAAUUUAUUUUUUUUAAUGAUGUCUAUAAUGGAAAAAAAACAAAACAAAACAAAAACAAUUCCAAUAAACCAAGAACAACCAACCCAGGACAGAAGCAGCACCGAGCUCCAUCCAGCAUCCAUGUGUGUCCGGCCCAGCAGCCCAAGCCUGGAGGGGGAAAAGGGGCCCUUCAGGCUCUGAAACACAGGGAUUUGGGUCAACCUGAAUAUUUUGCAAUGCUGCAAACAAUUCCCUGCCUGUUUUGCUCCAGGAGACAAACAAACAAGCAACGUUUCAAAGGAGCUGCCACGUUCCCGUGUGGCAGGCUUGGUUUUUUAUGUGCAAUAACUUUGGUUUUGAAAAUACCAUCCCUUUUCCUUCAUGUCUUUUUCUUCCCCAUGCAACCUGACAAGUGCUUGAAACCAAACCGAGACAUUGGGAUUUAGGUCAGACAAAUCACCAAGUUUCUCAAUUUUGAUUGUUCUUCCACUUAUUGCUCAUGGGAGGGAACAGAAAUGUUAACCCCCAUCCAGUUCUGCUUAUGGAAAAGGGGAUGCCAGGGGGUUUUGGGGAGCUGGGGAUGCUGAAAUCGGGGCUGAAGGCCCCAGCUGGGUGCUGGUGGAUGGGAGAAGGAUGGAUGAACAUUCCCUUUUGCAGCACGGAAAAAAGAAACCUUGGUUGAUGUGGAAGUUGGCACAGGGAAAAUAAACAUGUCACGUCUCUCGCAGGAGCCGCGUUGCAAACCAAGGCUGCUCUUUCCCACGUUCCCUCUAACAGCCAGGAAAAUGACAGCUCUGGAAUAGCGAGCUCCAUGUGCUGAGUGGUUUGGCACCGACAGAAACGUGCAGGCAUGGAGGGUGGUGUUCGAGAGGCUUUCCAGCCAACUUUAGGGGUCCUUUAUAUGUGGAGUGAGCUGAAAUCACUGACCUGGGUGCUCCUAACCAUCCUUCAGCCAAGGGUUUCAAGUUUUAGCAGAGGUGCAUGGAGCCCCUGAGCACCGGGAUCAUGUUUCUUUAGGAAAGGGUUGUAAAAUACAGUUGUUCCUGGUGGUGGUUUGAUUUUCUUCUUCCCUGGGAAGGCUAGAAACACUCGAGGCUUUUCUGAUGGGAUAUUACCAGCUUUGCUAGGGAAGAUUAUGGAGAAACAUCUCCAUCCAGUAGCUGACGCCACAUCUGCUGCCUGCUGGGUGCCUGCACCCCAUUCACAGGUGUGCACUCCACUCCCUGGAGCUCCUUAGGUCUUCCAGCAUCAGCAGAAAGCAAAGAGCUUUGGGCGAGCUUGUGUUAGGAGUUGCCUUCUUGCUCUUGCGGGUGUUUUGGAAGUGUUGUGCCUUCCUCCAGCACUCAUGGCUGUGCCUGACACUGCUGGUUGCAGCAGGGAUGGGGAGCUGAGUGCCUGGAGCACCCUAGAUCCCAGCUGAACCCCCCAGCUGGGUCCUAGGUACAGAGACUCUGCUGGAGCUGCUGAAUAUUCAUCUAUUUAGGAUGAAGGCAUUAGGAAGUUGCCUUCCUCCAGGUGCCUCAUACCUCGAGCUGCAGGAAGCAAAGCUCUUCAAGGCAGAAGUGCUGACCCUGAGGCUGGGAACACCGUGUCUGAGAUGCAAAAUCCUGGUGAGUUAUCAUCUCAAAGCCUUGCUAAGUCUUUCUCUCUAAACACAAAGCCUUUCCUGGAAGGAGGGCAAGGGGACAAGACACUCUCUGCCUGUGAAGUGGUGGAAGUAGGUGGUGGGAAAUCAUUGUGGAGUAUGCAGCGGAGCUAAUGCAGUGUGCUAAACCACUGGCUCUCCUGCUGGCAGAGCCUACGUGACGUACAUGAGGAUUUCAUUUGCAUGGUGGUGUUUUGGGAACAAUCCCUUCCAAGGAGCGGCACGAAUGGAGCUGUGUGGGUUUGGGGGUCUCCAGUCCCUCUCAGCUGAAGCCAAGCCUCAUCUUAUCUGGAUUUAGAGAGAUGCCAUGUGCCAGAGGGAUGUUGGGAGAGCUUGUGCAGGUUCUUUGGGCAGCAUUGCAUCCGCAGCAUGGACAGUCCUGCUCCAAACUGCUCCAGCCCUUGUGCAUGCCGACUGGGCCCUGUGUGCUGGCCACAGCAGGGAUGCUUUGGUGGUUUUUGGUUCACUGCAACAUCAGCAUGACCAGAGGAACAGAAACCAGCCUCAAAUUCCACCCAUGGGUAUGGCCCUGAGAAGCUUAAUGGACUUGGGGUGACUUCCCGAUGUCCCAGUGUGGGGUGCAGCAGCUCCAGGACUUGCACCUCCUCAAGGGCUGUAAAGAACAUGGGACCACUUGGAUUUUGGUCCAAAGGACAGUGGCAUGGAAAGACUUUUCCAAUGUGAGAAGUGAUUAAAAAUAGGUGGAAUUGC